AUGUCAACUCAUGUUAAAAAAGAUUAAAAGAAAGCUUCAAAUCAGUUCUUAGAUUUCGAUUAAUUGGCUCAUAAGAAGUAUCACUUUGAUUAAAAGAAGGCGAAUGAAUAAUCUAUUAAACAAGAGUAGUAUAUACUUGAUCUAAAAAAAGCGUAGUUUAUAUUAAUAAUUAGUUAUGAUCAAUAAAAAUUAGAGAUUGAACCUUUAUUUUAGAAAGUGGAAUUGCUAUAGAUCGAAAGAAAAUAAUUGAUGGAUGAAAUCGAAUAAUAUAAAAUUAGUUAAAUGGAAAUUCUCAAGAAAUAUGAAUCUGAAUACUAAGAAAAGGAUAAAUUGAACAAGGAGUGUGCAAAGCUCAAAUAAUAAAUUUAAGCAUAAGAGAAGAUGUAAAUGCCAAAAGAGUUCUAAGAGAAAUAAUGUAAUCAAUUAAAAGAAACCCUAUUUGUUACAAUUAAGGAUAUUAUGCAUGAUUUCUUGGACAACUACAAUCAUAUGAUGGGAUGUGUUGAUGAGAGUGGAAUUUCUGGCAAUUUGUUAGAUGAGUUACUUUAAUAAAUUGAUGAUUCAAUCAUAAUGUUUGUAAAUUGUAUUGCUACUCAAUAAACUAAAUAAUUUGAUUCAGAGGAGAUUCAACAUUUGAAAGAUCAAAUUGAAAAAACUCUUUAAACGGUAUCGAAUUUAUCGGCUGAGAACUAAGAUUUAAGUACAGCCUUAGAUAUUGAAAAAUAACACAAAGAAAAAAUAAUCAAUUAAAGAAACUCCCAAUAAUAAUUGAUCAAUCAAUUGCAAAAUUAAAUUGAAACAAUCAAUAAUGAAAAGAAAGUUCUCGAACAAGAAAUGUAGGAAGUUUAAAUGAAAAAUCUAGAGUUUCAACAUGAUAUAAGUAGAGUAAAUGAAUUCAAAGAUGAAGAGAAUGAAAAAUUAAAAAGUGAAUUUAUUGAUUCUAUUAAUGAACUUUAGAAAUAAAUUUCUAAAUUACAAUUCGAAAACACGAAGUUGACUUCAUUAAUUGAAACUAAUACUAAACAAUAAAAUAAAGAUACAGAAUUGUUGAGUGAGAAAGUUAGAGAAUUAGAAAGCAAAUUAAAUUAAGAAACUAUAAAAUUUGAAUAGAAAUCUAGAGAAAUGGUUAGAAUUGAAAAAGAAUAGAAUUAAUAUAAGGUUGAAGCAACAAAACUAUUUGAAGAAAAUAAUUAUUACUAAUCUUAACUGGAAUUGAUUAAAGAUAAAAGAAAAUAAGAUAAAGAAGUUUUAGAAAAGUAAAAAGAAAAAUGCAAGAAACUCGAAUUGUAAAUGUAACAAUCAGAGAUAGAUUUGUAAACAAAGAUUGUUUAACUGGAAGAAUAAAUAAAACAACUUACUUAAUUGCAAGACAAAGAUAAUAAUUAUAUACAAUAAAUGACCUUACAAACUGAUGCUUUAAUGGAAAAAGAGAUCUAAUUAACUAAAUUAGAUUAAUAAGUUUCUGAAUCAACUUAGAAAAUAUAUGAAUAGAAGCAAUAGAUUGUUGAAAUGAAGAUUUAAAUUAAUUCAUUAGAAUAAGAGUUAUAAUAAUAAAUAUCGACGAAUUAAUAACAUUAAGAGAGAAGGGCAAAUGCUUUUAGUGAGAUAAAUCGAUUAGAAUAACAAAAUUAAAUUUAAAAACAACGUAUUAAUGAUUAAGAAUAAACAAUUAAAUAGCUACAAUCUGAAGUACAAGAAUUAUUGAAAUAAGUAAAUGGAAAUUCUCAGUAAACUAACACACCAAGUCAUAAUAAAAGUGCAAGCAAGACUUCUAUGUUUGAUGUCAAUAAUUUAGAUUCAUCAAGAUUAUCUGAUGCUGACAGUUCAAUCUCGAAGACUGCAAAAGCUGCUUCUAUAAUUUUAAAUGGCUUGAAUUAUUUUAAACUUAGACCUUAAGGUAUUAUUCAGUAGGCAGAUGAUCCUGAAAGAAAACUUGCUGAAUAGGCAUUAUAAAAUUAAGCAAAAGAGCUGAAGUCAAACUUAGAAUAAUUAUACAAAAGUUACUUAUCUACUGUAUUCCAAAAUCAAGUUGAUGAUGAGAAAUUUUUGAAGUUUGAGAGACAAAUCAAUGAAUGUGUUAAAAAGACAUAAGAUUUGAAUGACAAUAUUGAGGAUUUUUUUUGA